AUGAUCAUAUGUUACUCUGGUCAGAGAAUAAUGGAUGAAAGUCAGAAUGUAUCUCAUGGAGCAUACGCUGCAGAAUGGUACAAAUUUUCGCCUAGACUAAAAUCAUUACUGAUAAUAACACUUUAUAGAAGUAAUAUACCGUGCGAAUUAAAGGCAGGUAAUAUGAUUCCGUUAUCCAUUGCGACUUAUGCAAAGGUAAUAAAAAUGUCUAUGUCUUACUACACGGCAUUAUUAUCAAUGCAAGAUUGA